AUGGUGUUAGCUGGCUCUCCAGGAUCAGGUAAAUCAACUAUAUCACGUCAUAUAAUUGAAAAAAUUAAUGCAUUAUAUGGUGAAGAAGUUGCCAUUGUGGUAACUCAAGAUGGUUUCCAUUAUUAUAGACAUGAAUUAGAAAAAUUUCCAAAUAAAGAAGAAGCAUUUAAACGUCGUGGUGCUCCUUUUACAUUUGAUUCUGAAUUAUUCUUGAAAUUGAUCAAGGUAUUAAGAGAACCAAUUAAUGAUAAUUUAAUAAUUACAGCACCAGAUUUUAAUCAUAAAGUUAAAGAUCCACAAUCAAAUGCAAUUUAUAUUAAACCAGAACAUAAAAUUAUAAUCAUCGAGGGAAAUUAUGUUUUAUUAAAAGAUGAAAAUUGGAAAGAAAUUGGUUCUUUAGUUGAUGAACGUUGGAAAAUUCAUGUUGAACCAAAAAUUGCAAGAUCAAGAAUAGUUAAAAGACAUAUUGAAAGUGGUAUAUCCUCUACAAUUGAAAAAGCAAUUAAAAGAUGUGAUGAUAAUGAUAUGAUUAAUGCAGAAUAUAUUAGAUUGAAUUCAUGUGUUCCAGAUUUAACUAUUGAAAGUAUAGAUGAAUAG